AUGUCCAAUAAGCGGGUCCCCAUCAACUAUCAAGUGCCUCAGUUCCCUGGGCUGUACGAUCCGCUCCCGGGGGAUCAUAAACAAGCGUACUACCUGUACUAUACGACGGAUAUCUGGCGUUUCACGCUCUAUUGGACCUUGAUCUUCUAUGGCGCGACGCAUCUCACGGUCGCAGGAUGGGCGGUCUUGACGCACUUCCGGAAUUGGAGUGUCAUAUGGCUAGUCCCGUUACUGUAUAGUGUGGUUGCAGGGCUGGAGGGGCUUUUAGCAGGGAGCAUUGUUGGCCUUGUACUCGGCGCCGUAUACGAAGCGGGUAAUUUCAGGAUGUCAACUUGGCUGCCCAUGGUCUGGGGCGGUCUCAAUGUGAUGAUCCUCAUUCUGACGAGCUUCCCAAUGCAAGGUGGUCUUUGA